UACUGCCUCUCUCUAUAUAGCCAACUGAAGGCGGGAAGCCUGUUUCAAACCGAGACCUUCUGGAAUUGUCUGGGCGAUUUUUACUAGAAAUAGACUUACGAAAUGGCAGGAGGAAAAGCUGGAAAGGACUCGGGCAAGGCGAAAGCCAAGGCGGUUUCGCGCUCACAAAGGGCAGGACUGCAGUUCCCUGUUGGACGUAUUCACAGACACCUAAAGUCCAGAACAACAAGUCAUGGCCGUGUAGGAGCUACUGCAGCUGUUUACAGUGCUGCAAUCCUCGAGUAUCUGACUGCUGAGGUUCUUGAGUUGGCAGGGAAUGCGUCCAAGGAUUUGAAGGUGAAGCGUAUCACUCCACGGCAUUUGCAGCUCGCCAUCAGAGGUGACGAGGAGCUGGACUCGCUUAUCAAAGCAACAAUUGCUGGUGGUGGUGUCAUUCCUCACAUUCACAAAUCUCUCAUUGGAAAGAAGGGGCAGCAGAAGACUGUUUAACCUUUCCGGGCGAAUCGUGUGUGUGGCGCUUCUCAGGAUUUGCUCUGGGAGAAUUCUGAAGUGUUUUGUGUAGUCUGGUAGUUUCAUGACCUUGUGUUCAGCUUUGCAUUUACUCAUUUCUGAGGUAUUUUUAAACAAAAAAAAAAAACAACAAAACAUGGCUUCAGAGAAGCCAAUUUUUAUUUUUGACAAGUUUAAAGUGUAGUGUGCUUUGUGAUUUUUAAUUGGUAAUUUGCGUUGGGUUUUAUUCAAAUAAACUUGGUGCACUGUAUCAACAGCA